CUUCUGUUUUUCGACGAGGUUUAUGAUCUUAACGUUAUCAGAUAUACUCGCCAGAACAACUGGAUAAGACCUAGAUGUGGAAUUAAUUUUGUCAGUGAGGAUAUGAAUUGAAUUUCUGACUUUUGUGAAGCGACAUCAUCUGUCGGGCAUUAAGUGCGUGCCGCGCGUGUGUGUGUGUGUGUGUGGUGUGUGUGUGUGUGGCGCGGUCAUGUGCGCAUCGGUGAAGUACAGCUCCCGCGGCCCGGCGCUGAUCCCGCGGAUGAAGACCAAGCACCGGAUCUAUUACAUCACUCUGUUCUCCGUGGUGCUGCUGGGCCUGCUGGCCACCGGCAUGUUCCAGUUCUGGCCACACUCCAUCGAGUCCAGCGCCGAAUGGACCCUUGAGCGCCGCAGCGUCCACGACGCCCCGCUGGCCCGCCUGGCGCCCAACAGCCCCCUGCCCGAGAGGGGCGACCUCAGCUGCCGCAUGCACACCUGCUUCGACGUCUACCGCUGUGGGUACAACCCCAAGAACAGGAUCAAGGUGUACAUCUACCCGCUGCAGCGGUUUGUGGAUGAGGAGGGCGUGGCGAUCAGCAGCACGGGUUUGUCUCGUGAGUACAACGAGCUCCUGAGCGCCGUGUCCGACAGCCACUUCUACACGGACGACGUCACGCGCGCCUGUCUCUUCCUGCCCUCUAUAGACGUGCUCAACCAGAACUCCCUACGCAUCCGGGAGACCGCGCAGGCCCUCGCAUCAUUACCACGAUGGGACCGGGGCAUGAACCACCUGCUGUUCAACAUGCUGCCUGGUGGACCACCAGACUACAACACUGCUCUAGAUGUGCCCCGAGACAGGGCUCUGUUGGCUGGCGGUGGUUUCUCCACAUGGACCUACAGACAGGGUUAUGAUGUCAGCAUUCCCGUCUACAGCCCCCUCUCUGCAGAGGUGGACCUACCUGAGAGGCAACCUGGUCCUCGGCGGUUCUUCCUGCUGUCGUCCCAGACGGCGCUGCACAGGGAGUACCGUGUGGAGCUGGACCGGCUGAAGGAGGAGAACGGCGAGACCAUCCUCCUGCUGGACAAGUGCAGCAACCUCUCGCAGGGGCACACACACACACACGCACACACACACGCUCAAGCUCAAUCACCCCGCAAGCGCUGCGCCAGGGGACAGGUCUACGACUACCCACAGAUACUCCAGGAGUCUUCGUUCUGCGUGGUUCUGCGAGGUGCUCGUCUGGGCCAGGCAGUUCUAAGUGAUGUUCUACAGGCUGGUUGUGUUCCAGUCAUCAUGGCCGACUCCUACAUCCUGCCCUUCUCUGAGGUCCUCGACUGGAAGAGAGCGUCUGUGGUGAUUCCAGAGGAGAAGCUUCCUGAGAUGUACACCAUUCUGAAGAACAUCCCACACAGACAAGUAGAGGAGAUGCAGAGACAGGCGCGAUGGUUCUGGGAGGCCUACUUCAGCAGUAUGAAGUCUAUCGGACUGACCACACUCCAGAUCAUCAACGAUCGCAUCUACCCCUACGCAGCACGCACCUAUGAGCAGUGGAACAACCCGCCCGCAGUGAAGUGGUCAAGUGUGAGCAACCCGCUCUUCCUGCCGUUGAUCCCACCGCGCUCCCCUGGCUUCACGGCGGUCAUCCUGACGUACGACCGCAUCGAGAGCCUUUUCCGCGUCAUCACCGAGAUCUCCAAGGUGCCCAGCCUGGCCAAGCUGCUCGUGGUCUGGAACAACCAGAACAAGAGCCCACCUGAAGAGUCCCUGUGGCCUAAGGUGGCGGUGCCCCUGAAGGUGGUGCGCACCAAAGAGAACAAGCUCAGUAACCGCUUCUUUCCCUUCGACGAGAUCGAGACGGAGGCUGUGCUGGCCAUCGAUGAUGACAUCAUCAUGCUCACCUCCGACGAGCUACGGAUAAGGAUCUGUGUGUGUGUGUGUGCUCAGGUGUGGCGUGAGUUCCCUGAUAGGCUGGUGGGAUACCCUGGGCGUCUGCACCUGUGGGACCAUGAACUGGGCAAGUGGAAGUAUGAGUCAGAGUGGACCAACGAGGUCUCCAUGGUGCUCACCGGAGCCGCCUUCUACCAUAAGAUUUUUAACUACCUGUACACGUAUAAGAUGCCGGGGGACAUUAAGAACUGGGUGGACGCCCAUAUGAACUGUGAGGACAUCGCCAUGAACUUCCUGGUGGCCAACAUCACAGGCAAAGCUCCCAUCAAGGUGACUCCACGCAAGAAGUUCAAGUGUCCUGAGUGUACUGCUAUUGAUGGCCUCUCACUGGACCAGACACACAUGGUGGAAAGGUCGGAGUGUAUAAAUAAGUUUGCGUCAGUGUUUGGCACGAUGCCCCUGAAAGUGGUGGAGCACAGGGCUGACCCCGUGCUCUAUAAGGACGACUUCCCUGAGAAGCUCAAGAGUUUCCCCAACAUCGGCAGCCUGUGACGGCCCUGACCCUCUCCCCUCCCCCCUUUCUCUCUCUCUUUCUUUCUUUCUUUCUUUCUUUUUUUCUCUCUCUCUCUCUCUCUCUCUCUCUCUCUCUCUCUCUCUCUCUCCCUGCUGCCCCCUGGGGGAGAUUUCCUGAUGCUGGUCAGUUAGCCACCAGUGAAAGCCUGUGGCACUGAUUAGAUUCAAGAUGCAAUCAGCCAAUCUCACCCCAAGCAGCAGCCAACUGUUACAUCACAAAUGGGACCAGUGGUGUCACAGUCAAAUCCCUGUGAUGUUUCAAUGCCAACUGUGAUGUCAUAGUGGAGGCAGUGAGAUUGCUCAAUGGAAAUCCUGUUUUGUUGGGGUGUUCUAGAAGAGAUUGCAUCACAGAGACAAAUCACCAAAAUCACAGAGACAAAUCACCAAGUGUUGGCUCAUCACAUCAGAGGGAUCAAACAUUUCUCUCUUUGACUCUCUCUGUCUUGGACUCUCUCUCUCUCUCUCUCUCUCUCUCUCUCUCUCUCUCUCUCUCUCUCUCUCUCGGACUCACUUUGUGGUCUGUCUCUGGCUAUUCGUGACGAGCUGAAGGACUUCAGGACUACUUGGAUGAGCUGGGGACUGUGCUUGGUUUCCGUUUCUCCAUCAUGUUUGCAUUUCAUUGCUGUAAUUAGGACCCUUUCCCACAGAAACAGGUAGAAGGUGCCAGUUAUCAAUAUGUAAGAGAGACAUGCACAUCUCUAUGGCUUCAGCUGUGUGUGAACAUUGUGUGUUCGACUGUGUGUGUGAGUGUGAGUGCACGUGUGUGCACGUGUGUCUGUGUGCGCGUGUGUGUGCAUGUUUUUGUUUUUUUAAAGGAACAAGAGAAACUGUAUAUGAAAUAUAUAUAUAUAUAUAUAUAUGACUUUAACACUGAGCUGUUACUAUGUGAGCAGAGUGCGGGUGUCAUGAUCAGUAGGUAAGUUAGAGGCUGCACCUCUUCUCAUCUCAGCUGCUCUCACACAAGAGCUUCACCUGAUGCUUCACGUCUCAUGGGUUUGCAUUUGUCUUGUUUUUUUCUGGUGUGUGUGUGUGUGUGUGUUUUUUUUUUUUUAUUUUGUAUUUGGUUUGUUUUAAGUAACAUAAACUGUAGCACCCCACUGAGUUACCAAACCAGUAGCAAGGAGUCCAAUCACAUUUCACUUGCAGAGACGUGUGUGAAGGUGUUUGUGUGAGUGAGAGUGCGGGUGUGGAUGUGAAACUAAGAGACUGUUAAGUCUCCAGUGAAAGUAUUGUGUGUGUGUGUGUGUGUGUGUGUGUGUGCGUGUGUGCGCCCUUGCCUCACACACAACUCUCAUGCGCUCUCAGGGGCUGCUGUAGACCACAUUUGGAAACAUUUCAUCAUACUGUGUACUUUUUUAUACUUAUCAUUUUUUUUAAUGUUUUGAUAUAUUUUAUUUUAUUUUAACAUUGGGUCCCAUGAAGCUUGUCAUUAUCUCCGGAGGUCAGCUGAUGUAAGGCCAGUCCAGCCUCUCGAUCUCAAUCCAACACUGCACCCUCUCACUUUUUUAUCUGGGUUUACAUUUCUGUCUGUUAUUUUUUUAUGUUAACAUAUAAUGUAUUUAAUAAAUCGGGUGUCAACGUCAUGGGACACAGAA